AUGGAUCUCUUUGGGUCGGUCAAUGUGCACAGUAUUAGUGGUGACUUAUGCUGUUUGGUUGUAACUGAUGAUUUUACAAGGUUUUCGUGGGUGGUAUGCAUGGAGAGGAAAGACCAGACGUUUGAGUCAUUAAUGGUUCUAUUCAAAAAGAUGGAGACGCUAUAUAAGCUGCCGAUUAGAAGAAUAAGAAGUGAUAAUGGAACGGAAUUCAAGAAUAAUAGAAUGCUCGAGUUCUGUUACGCGAGCCUGUUGAAGAGGGUGUUUUUGCUGUGCCUGGGAAAAGUAAUACAAGUUCCGCAUGUAGACUGUCAGAAGCACACUUCACCACCACAACUUCCCGGACAAAGAUUCUUGUUCGACUAUGACAAACUCUGGGAGUCGUUUCAAUUACCGAUUCAGCCGAGUGAUGAGGAAAUUGCAAUCUUAUAUCAAUAUCAGCAGUCCAUGUCGCAAGAACAACUUCCUAGACCGCUAGUAGUUUCUCAACCCACCGGGGGUUCAAACGAUCAUGAGGCAGGUCCAAGUGGAACGACACACGAACCACCAGAGGAACCAGCUCCAACGUUUGAUAACUCUGACGACUCAGAAGAGGAAUCCGGUCCUACUUUUGACGAGGAACCAAAUGUUGAAUCAACAGAAGCUGAGGAUCACACCGGUGAUCUAGACAUUACGAACUUGCAAUCAGAAGUUACUGUGCCUGACACUACUAUGCCACGAACAUUGUCUUAUCAUCUGUCAGAGCAGAAUAUCGGUGACGUACAAAGUGGUGUUAAGACAAGAGAUCAAAUCAACAGAGCUCUUACCUGUUUUUAUUCAUCUGUUGCUCCGUUACAGGAAGAAUUCUCACUUAAAUGUUUUAUUUCGCAGAUUGGACCCAGAACGUAUAAAGAAGCUUUGACUGAAGACAGCUGGGUGAAUGCAAUGCAUGAAGAGCUGCAACAAUUCGAGAAGUUGGGAGUAUGGAGACUAAUAGACCUCCCUGAAAAUCAAAAGUUGAUUAAAACGAAGUGGGUGUUCAAGUGUAAAAAAGACGAUAGAGGAGUCGUGGUUCGGAACAAAGCACGAUUGGUGGUACAAGGAUUCAGUCAGCAAGAAGGCAUCGACUAUGAUGAGGUUUAUGCGCUUGUUGCUAGACUUGAGGCUAUUCGGAUCUUCCUGGAGUUUGCGUCAUGGAAAGACUUCAAAGUGUACCAACUUGAUGUUAAAUCUGCAUUCCUGUAUGAAAAGAUAAAAGAAGAAGUGUAUGUGGGACAACCACCGGGUUUCACUGAUCCACUACACAAGAAAAAAGCUUCGAAUGUGCUUUUCGAUCCAUUGCACAACAGUUGUUGUGACUUUGACGAAGAAAAGAAUACAAAGUUGUCUGAUUUCAGUAGCAUUUUGGAGUUUAUGAGGAUAGUGUCGAUUCAGAAAGCGUUGACUGAUCAACAUUUGGUGUAUAAAUCUCAUGUCAAACGUUUCUGGAAGCAUGCAACGUAUGAUGAAAAGAGUAAAGUGAUCAAUUCAGUUGUGAAGCAGAAUGAUGAGAAGAAAUCGAUUAUUGUUUUAGAGGCGCUUGUACGUGAAGUAUUGGAUUUUCCGGAUGAUGUAAACUCACCAACAAAAUUCCCAGAGAGGAUGGUCAAAGGUUGUAUGCUAUGA